UCAGAUUUCAAUAAUAUAACAACCGGCAAAUUAAGAUAACUUUAGUAUAUUUUAUAUGUACCAUCUAUAUGCAUCUGUAAUUGUGUGAAAUAAGUAGCGCGUAUAUUCCGUCUUUGUUUUCUUCAAAUGUCGAAACGUAUGACGUGACAGCAUCGUUGUUUUAUAAUUGUUGUCCGUUAUACAUUUUAUAAUUUAGAUCUAAUUUCAGCACUCUAUUUCUGUUUAUUAAUUUAGUUGGCGGAAAACCUGCGAAAUGCAUCAAGUACUGUUUGUAAACAGCACUGCUCUUGGAUUGGAAGAAAUGCCUUUGCUGCUUUUAGAAUCUAACCAAGUUUAUGAUUCAUUUCGUUAAAAGUAACCAUCAUAAGAAGCUGGUUUGGAAGGAUCUCUCUUUUCAUGAAUUAUUCAUGUACAUAUUUAUGUAAAAAUGCUGCGCAAACUCGUAAUAUUCUUCGCAAGUAUAUUGUGAAAUAGUAGAUAUAUAACGUCGGUUAGAACGAACGCGUUAACAUGAGUUAUUAAAUAUUUAUGAGAUGGGUGGUCCUACUGCUUUACGUCAACAAAACAGCGAUUAUUUUGUUUAUCCGGGACCAUCCCGAAAAUCCUAGCGGUCUCCAUGCGUUGUGGGAGAUGGACAGCUCACAAGUCGAUGCCCUUGUGAAAUGACGGAUGAAAUGUUCCGUGUUCCUAAAAGAGCGGACCCAGUAAUAUAAUGGGGGCUGAUGCCAGUGUAAACAGAAAGGCAGCAGACAGGCGAUGUCACUCACGCUGGAGGGCCUUCUUCUCUAGUCUGGGCAUCUCUUCUGCUUUUGAGCUCCACAAGCUCUGCAUGGGGGGGCAGCGCAUGGUAGAGAACCAGUGCACUGACAGACCCCAGUGCCCCCCCCUCCCCUCCUCAGGCCCCGAGGAGCCCUGGGUGGAGUGGAGCUUGCCAGCCUUCACCUCCAUGUUCCUGCCUGAGUUUCCACACAGCAGUAUUCCAGGAUCUGAGAAAUUCCAGUUCCUGGGAUACAUUGCCAAAGGUUCCUUUGGGCCCAUCCUGAAGGUGAAGGACAAGUUCAAAGAGAACACUUAUGCUGUGAAGAUGGUACCGAAAUCUGAGGUGCUGAGGCUGGGAAUCCUCCAGCAGUCAAAGGAGGAGGUCAUCAUUCAGCGUCAGGUCCGUCACCCUUUCCUCCACGACCUGCAGGACUGUUGGCAGACCCAGAACCACCUCUUCAUUAUGUGUGAUUACUGUAGCACUGGAGACCUCUACACCUACUGGAUGAUGAUUGGACAGUUUGCAGAGGAUGCUGUGAAGGUUUUUGCUGCUGAGCUGGGCUCUGCUCUUGGUUUCCUGCAUGACUUUGGGAUCAUGCACAGGGAUGUGAAGAUGGAGAAUGUUCUUUUGACCGACCAAGGCCAUCUCCGCCUAUCUGACUUCGGGCUGUCCCGCCGUCUGGAAGGAGGUGCAAGGACCUUCACGAUCUGCGGGACUAUGCAGUAUAUGGCCCCUGAGGUUCUGAGUGGGGGACCCUAUAGCCAUGCAGCUGAUUGGUGGUCCCUAGGCAUUCUCCUCUUUGCCAUGGUGACAGGAAAUUUCCCUGUACCUCCAGAGCCACAUCACAGCACAAUGCUGGGGAAAGUGCGGAGCUUCCCAUACGAGAUGCCUGAGACCUUCAGUCCACCGCUAGCACUGCUGCUUUUAGAGCUCCUGUGUAAGACCCCCGCAAAGCGGCUGCACACCCUGGAGCGAUUCCAGCACCAGACCUUCUUCCGUGGCACCCCCUUUGACUCCCAGCUUCUUCAGAAGACCCCCAUGGAGCUCAUCCUGGAGCUGAAGCAUCGGCCCGACCGCGAGGCUAAAGCCCGCCGUGGCUUGGACUCGGAACCCUUCCAGGACUUCGACUGUGACCUCCUUGGUUCCCCUGUCACAUCAAGCAUAGACCUGCCCCCCACUCCCACUGGUAGCCUCCCUCUGAAAAACUCCGAUGAGGAGGUAUUUGUGUGACAAGGCUGAUGGCCAAUAAGGAGGAGUCUUUCAUAGGCAGACAGUAAAUAGAAGAAGCAGAAAUGGAGUAUGUGAUUGGCUCCCCUUAUCCUUUUUCUUAUUCUCCCACUCUCUGGCCACUUGGAUGGACAGAGUUUUGGCGGCGUUUGGAAACUGCCUUGUCAUCACUUGAUAAUAACUGAAGAGCUUAAACCCUCCUCUGUCCCCUUCCACAGUACAUUUCUGCUAAAUAGUGCGGAGGUGAGAGAUCAUCCUAAGGACGUUGAAACAAAACAGGAAAUGUCUGGAGACAUUCCUGGGUCAGUGUCUGGAACAGCACCAAACACCUGCCCAGGAACUUCAUCCCUCAUUCUGCUCAACAUUGGACAGAAGAGGAAGGCUAUAAACUUCCUCCUGGUGUUUUUAGAAAGACUGACAACUGAUUUACCCCCCUGGGGCAGCUGUGAUCUAUUCCAUACCUCAAUGCUAAGUGUUGAAACCUAACGUGAGUUCAUCCACAUAACGUCAAGGUGUGGAGAUACGAUUUCACUGUGCUGCUGUUGUCUGGGGUGAUGAAUAUAAAACAAGCUGCUCUGGGUUGCUUUCCUACCUGUUUUUUUUGGUAGAAUGACACCUCAGGUGUCACCUUGGCUGCUUAGUGGGGCUACAGUGCAGAGCUAACCGGUUAAGAGGCAUUUUCUCUGGCUCGCCGACAGCCACCCUGGCACCUUUACAGACAAGUCAGUCUUCAUUUUUAUAUUCAGCCAUUUUUCACUUUUCGUUUUAGACCUGUUGAUUUUUUUGAUGGUAUUGUUCUAUUGAUUGUUCAACCAGGACUUUGAAGGUGUAUAAACUGUUGAAAAUGGAGACUUGAUCCCUUUCCACAGACAAAUAAUUAUAGUGUCUUACAAUAAACAAAAUACAAAGGUGUUAGACUCCUUGAGUCAGAUUUAAGGAGUGUCUGUGUUGGUUUCUGCCUUGUUUUCACCAAAUUGAAUAAAGACAAGGUUAGGCCAUGAGAGGCGUAAACUACACAUUGAAGUAAUUAUUUUUAAUGUGAUAGAAUGAGCCAUGACCAGUAUAUCACAGUUUUGUCCUUCAGUGUACUUCUUUCCACAUUUUCUAAUUACUUGGAUGUAAUUUGUCUAUUUAUAAAUUGCCAGUAUUAUUUAUAUUGUAUAAAAGUUUUAAACAGUAAUGACUGAGAGAGUGUCUUAACAGAAGACUGAGUGAUCGGCGAUAUUUCAUUUCUCGUUGUCAUUAAACGUUGUUACUGUGUGUUGUCCGUCUGAAGUUUGUGGCCUACUUGAGCGACCCUGAGCUACGCAGCAUGAG